CGAUCGUCUAUGAGUUCGUUCCUUAUGAGCAUAGGUUUUCAAAGAAUUUGUCAACUUUAAGAGCUCAACAAAAUUAACCAAUUCUUUCAAAGAAAUAAUGAGGUCUAUUUUGGUGCUGGCUAUGAGCUCUCUCCUCCAGCUCGGAGCUGCUGUUUCGUCUGGAGUCUACAGCGGGGAAUCCCAUGAAUUCUCACGAGGCAUCACAAAGCGGUUCGAUACGGCGCAAGUCACUUAUUUCCCUGCAGCCAACUCGACGGGAACUGGGGUUCUCGUAUGUCCCGGCGGUGGAUACGCCCGCGUGUCCAUUGUGAAGGAGGGAUAUACCCCAGCGGCGUUCUUGAACAACCUGGGCAUCGACGCUUGGGUUCUCGACUACACCACGGCCUCAAACGCAACGGCACCCAUCUACCCAAAACCCCAGAGUGAGGCCCUUGAGGCCCUGGACUACAUCCGCGAGCAGAACCGCACGACCAAGCUCGGCAUCUGGGGCUUCUCGGCAGGCGGCCAUCUCGCGGCGGUGACGCUUACCGACCCGGCGGCUCGUCUCGACUUUGGCAUCCUCGCCUACCCGGUCAUCACACUCGAGGGGAGCUACACGCACGUAGGCUCGCGCAACAACCUCAUCGGCGCCAACUCAACCGCCGAGGCGCGGCAUGAGCUGUCGGCGCAGAACCUCGUCUCCGCGACCACGCCUCCCACUUUCUUGUUCCACACGUUCAAUGACGGCAGCGUCCCCGUGCAGAAUACGCUCCUCUUCGCCGAGGCCAUGGCGGCCCACAAGCGGCCGACCCAGGUGUUGAUUCUCCCGGACGGAUCGCACGGGCUGGGUUUGGCUCUUGACGAUCCCAAGCGAAGCUGGACGCCUGAGCUGGCGCGGUUCCUGCGGUAUUCCAUCUAGAGGGGCGGCAUAACUAGUCAGUUUAACAAGGGUCGUUUAUAAGAUUUAAUCUCAGACCGUAUAAUGACGCCAUUGGCUCAACAACAGUGAGUGUGCUAGGUGUUGGUUGUACACUAACACAGUGAUGUAAUGAAGGGCGCACACGGCAGAUAAGAUGAGUUGAAAGCGCUCGCUGGGGGCUGAUUAAAAAAGAGAAUGCAACAGAGUCGGACAACGGUGAGAGUAGAAAAGACUGUGUUGACUGGAAUAUAAGUUAUGGCAGCAAACUUGCUACAAGAUAAUAUGAGUUUGACCACCACCAAGUUCGCGGUGUCCGGUCUCUAGAUCUCUAACUACAUCCCGAGGUGUUCCAUCCGUAAGGCUUGGCUAUAAACUCCAUC